AUGCGAGCACGACAGAGAGCUCUCAGUUUGAGGCUCCUCCUGGACUUUCGAGGCGUCAUCUACCCCAAGGGACGAAUCUCCGGUUCUACCAGAACAAAUCGUAAGUUGAAAUUUGCUCUGUGUGAUGGGCUCACCUCCGUCAAUGCAUUGUCGAUCAACAGUCGCAUCCAUGAGCUCCGUGCGAUGGCGUACUGGGGCCGGCCGCGAAUCACCGAUCCCAACCGAGGCUUCGACAAUCUUUGUCGAUUCCUGCUUCACAGCGUCUCUUGGUUGAAGGGCCAGGUCUUUGCAGCCAUUGCCCUGAAGCCCUUCACCAAGCUGCCAUCGUUUCUGGAUCCACUGGAUCAGUACAUCGAUUUCCUCCACGAGAUUGACAAAGCUCCAGUUGUUCCUGAGCUGGGCUUCGAGACGCAGUGGAGAGACCCCGCGGAGGAGUCCGACGACACCGCUCCCAAGAAGCAGAUCGGUCACGUGUUGGAUGGCAUGGACGACUUGGCUUCAGACGUAGAGGAUAUUGCUCAGGACAUGAAAGACAAAUGUGACUGGCUUGUGGCGGAGACCGAAGUCGCUACGGAGAACCUGGGGGACGUUCACCUCAAUCGCGCCGACGAGGACGCGAAGUUCCUAGAAGCUGUUCAACGCUGCCUAACGAGAGCUACAAGAACCGUCUGGGAGACCCCGAGCCUUUGGCAGACGAGAGAUCUGCUUGAAGAGUACAUGCGAUUGGAAGAGAGCUACGGGAGAUCAUGA